CCACCGAGCGCCCCGCGCCGCUCCCUGCAUGUGCGGCCCGCGGCGGCUCGCAGCCCCCGGCAGCAGCCUCGGCAGCUUCGGCCGCGCCUCGAGAGGCGGCUGCAGCGGCUCCAGCGGCGGCCAAGCGGCCGAGCCCGGGCUGGGAGACACGAUGCGCCGCGUCCUCCGGCUGCUCCUCGGCUGCUUCCUCACGGAGCUGUGCGCCCGCGUGUGCCGGGCGCAGGAGCGAGCGGGGCACGGGCAGCUGGCGCAGCUGGGCGGCGUGGUAGUGCUGGCGGGGGGCAACCGCUCCGGGGCCGCCUCCGGAGAGGCCGGCGAGGGCGCGGGGAUUUCGGACGCGCCCCCGACCCGGGCGCCCACGCCGGACUUCUGCAGGGGCUACUUCGAUGUCAUGGGCCAGUGGGACCCGCCGUUCAACUGCAGCUCGGGCGACUUCAUCUUCUGCUGCGGGACUUGUGGCUUCCGGUUCUGCUGCACGUUUAAGAAGCGGCGACUGAACCAGAGCACCUGCACCAACUACGACACUCCGCUUUGGCUCAACACCGGCAAGCCCCCUGCGCGCAAGGACGACCCCCUGCACGACCCCACCAAGGACAAGACCAACCUGAUCGUUUACAUCAUCUGCGGGGUGGUGGCCGUCAUGGUGCUUGUAGGCAUCUUCACCAAGCUGGGGCUGGAGAAAGCGCACCGGCCCCAAAGAGAGCACAUGUCCAGGGCCCUUGCAGAUGUCAUGAGGCCACAGGGCCACUGCAACACUGACCACAUGGAGAGGGACCUCAACAUUGUGGUUCAUGUCCAGCAUUAUGAAAACAUGGAUACCAGAACCCCCAUAAAUAAUCUUCACACGACCCAGAUGAACAACGCGGUGCCCACCUCUCCUUUGCUCCAGCAGAUGGGCCAUCCACAUUCGUACCCCAGCCUGGGCCAGAUCUCCAACCCCUAUGAGCAGCAGCCGCCGGGCAAAGAGCUCAACAAGUAUGCCUCCUUGAAGGCAGUGGGAAGUUCUGAUGGUGACUGGGCAGUGGCGACACUUAAGUCACCAAAAGCCGACAAGGUCAAUGAUGACUUCUCCUCCAAGCGACGGCACCUGGCCGAGCUGGCCGCCAAGGGGAACCUCCCUCUGCACCCCGUAAGAGUAGAGGACGAGCCGCGGGCCUUCAGCCCCGAGCACGGCCCCGCCAAGCAGAACGGACAGAAGUCCCGCACCAACAAGAUGCCCCCCCAUCCCCUGGCCUACAACUCCACCACCAACUUCAAGGGCUGGGACCCCAGCGAGCAUUCCCUCCGGCGGCAGGCUUACGGUAACAAGGGCAAGCUUGGCAUAGCCGAGUCGGGCUCCAGCGACCCCUUGGGGACUCGCACCCAGCACUACCCACCCCCACAGCCAUACUUCAUCACCAACAGCAAAACAGAGGUGACUGUCUGAGCUUUCACUACAGGAGCAUCCUGGAGACCAUACUCAACUGAGAGAGGCAAAAAAUACCCCUGGCCCACACCCUCCCUGUCCUCCCCGCCCUGCUCCCCCACACCCUGACUCCCCGUACCAACCGACAACAAACCUGCUGGCGACGCGGAAUCACGCUUUUCUUGGGUCAUGCCCAACACGUGUCAGUGGGCAUCUGAGCAAGAUGGAAGCAGGGACGUUCAGCAAUACAGCAAAGGGGAAACUGAGGCACGGCUCUUUCAACUUCAGGCCGGAGCUGGCCAACUCACACGCCCACACCGUGGGGUUCAUUUUUUCUUUUCCUCCUGACUUAAAACUGAAAUCCAUGACGAAAAAUUAAAAGUAGCACAACUUAGAGAAAUCGUCCAUUUGAGCACAUACGUCAUUUACCAUGCGCUGUCUGUUUCAGAGUGAAAGAGCCAGGUUGGGGUGGGGGGAGCCUGAGGGUGAGUGCGAGAGAAGAGGGUACCUGAGAAGAGGAGUCAUUUGGGGAGGAAGCUGUGCGCAUUAGAAGUGUUUUCGAAUCCCAUGAAGUGGUGACAUGGACACACAGUUUUAAUGCGUGUGAGACAGUAACUGGACUCCAACCAUUCAUUUGUAGUACUUUUCAUAUCGUCAACGUUGGAAGCAAAAAAACGACACACACGCAAACUCACAAAAAAUAAAUAGACCCCGAACCCACCGGCAGUGAUGAGAAAGAAGGAGCAUUUUAGAGAAGUCCCGUAAAGACCAUGACCACGGACAUGGAAAGGAUAGUAGGCUUUUACGGCGGGGAGAGAGAGGGUCCAGAGAGUGUUAAAUAACUUGUUUUUUUUUUUUUAAGAUAAAUGAUCACAAGCCCACUACAAAACAGACAAAAACAGCAAAUCAAUUUUUGUCCGGAAUCCUCGAGACUUAGGAAAUGAACAAUGACACCAGGACAAAAAAAAAUAUUCAGUGGAAAAGUUGACAAGAGGUGAGAAGCGGACCCCGCAUUUCCCACCUUGCCUCCAAGACAAGAAAUGGACACAGAAAACAGUCCUCUAUUGCCCGCCUCUCCCCGACCCCCCUCAGCCCCUUGCCGCCGCCGCUGCCAGAUUUCAACUGCUUUGGACUGAAAAUGUCAUAAGCGUGGGUGGUGCCUUCAAUGUGUUACUGUUUAAUGACAGUCUCGUUUCCCAAGUGCAACCUGUGUUUUCUCAGUCCCCCCCUCCUGUUUCCUGCAGUAAUAGAUGUUCCUCUCUCCCCCCUUUGUUGCUGAGCCCACCCAUCCCAUACUCUGAGGGGGCUGCUACUAUGUCAGGGGUACCUAAAGACGAAGACCUCCCUACCUCCCACCCUGUCACCCCCCGUCCUACCGUUAUCUGGCUCCCCACACCUCUCAAGCAUUUCUGGGUCUCGUAAUUCCCACUGCCCUCUAAGCCACCUCCCCAGUUACUUCCACGGAUUCAUCUCCUGACCAGAAUUCCCUGAGGUGGUUUUUCAGAUUGGUUCUCACAGCCAAUGGCCCUUGGGCAUCCCUAUGAAGAUCGUUUCCCCGCUACUCCUGUUUGUUUCAUGGAAGCCCAAAGAGGAGAGCGCAGAGAGAGAAGAGAUUUUGAUUUUAGGUGAGAAGUUGUCAACCAGUCCCUAUCGGCCUUCGCCAAGGAACGGGAACCUUGAAGAGGCCCUGAGCUCUUCUGGUGUCAGAAGGUGCAUGUGGUGGUCCAAGAAGAUCCAGAACGUUCCCUGGGAUGCCCAAGUGCGUCGUUCUGCCUCACCUGUCUCUCACCUCCGACAUCAUGGAAGCCGGGAAGCAGGGGUUUAUUCUCCUUUUCAUUCCAGGCCCCUCUGGGGACAUCGACAAUGGAUGUUAUCUCUCUGGGCCUUAGUCUCCCCCCUGAAAUGUAGGGAGUUGGGGCUAGAUCAAACCUUUCAACCUUUUUGAAUAGCAAAACUUCUGCCCACUUUUAAAAAUGCCACCAUGCACAGAAGCCACUCCUAGAAGAUCCUCAUUUAUCAGGUGGCUCUGCGCUGGACAAAGCAGGGUUGGUGGGCGGGGGGUGGGUGGGGGAGACAGAGUGCCCACGUUCUCAGCCUCUUUGCUGGGGUCCCAGCGCUCCCCAGAGUGGGGUGAACACAGCCCAGCUUGGUCAGUGUUUCCGUGAUGUUAGUUAUCCCUGUACCGAAACCUGCUUUUGGCAUCUCUGUGUAUCACUAUCAAAAUAUUUGUAACGAAAUCGAUUCACUCUUAAUACUUUGAACUUUUAAAAGGAAAACUUCCUUUGACAUCAUUACAAAUAGAAAAGCAGUAUCAAUCACCCUAAACGGAAAGUAAGUGUAAAGACAAGGACGAAGGCAACAACGCAGCAAUUGUUACGUUCCAGCUAGAUGCUGUUGCUCGAGGAAGGGUCUGAACUUAGAGCCCGGCGUUUGCUGGAUCACGCUCGCCCUCUCUCUCUUUCUCUCUCCCCCACCCCUCCUUCUGUCAUUCCUCUCUCCCCCUUUCUUCUUUAUUAAAAAGAUUAGCAGAUGUUAAAGAGCUGUUAAAGAUAUACCAGCACCCAGUGGAGACUCUGCGCUCCAAGGGACUCCAUCGGACUGACAGAAUGAACAGGAGCCCACGCCCCCUGUGACUCGGUGUUACCCAGUGCUGUCUCCACGUGCGACUACAAAUCCUUUUGCAUUUGCUAGUGAUGCACGCGCCUAUUUCAGGAAAUACUGGGUCUGCU